AUGAGCGACAGCAAAGACAAGGCCGCAGCGCCUGCGCCUGCGCCCGCAGCAGCCGCAACAGACAGCAAGGUCAACGAGAUCGCCUCCGGCAUGUCGGGCCUCAUGUCGGGCAAGGACGCAAAGCCCAGCGGGGACGCUUCCGCAAGCACCAAGGAGGACAACGUCGAAUCAAAUCUGCGCGAAUCAUCACACGAUGUCCAGGUGACGCUGGCCGAUCAGCAGGCGGACCCCAACUCGCCGCUCUACUCGGCCAAGAGCUUCGAGGCGCUCGGUCUGCACGAGAACCUUCUCAAGGGCAUCUACGCCAUGAAGUAUCAGAAGCCAUCCAAGAUCCAAGAGAGAGCGCUGCCAUUGCUGCUGCAGAACCCACCCAAGAACAUGAUCGGCCAAUCGCAAUCAGGAACGGGAAAGACGGCCGCCUUCAUCCUCACCAUGCUGUCACGGAUCGACUACGACCUCAAGAAGCCACAAGCCAUCGUACUGGCACCAUCAAGAGAGCUCGCGCGUCAGAUCAUGGAUGUCGUGCUCACCAUGUCCAAGUUCACCAACGUCACCACCUGCCUCUGCUUGCCCGACGAGGUGAAGCGAGGCGAGAAGAUUCAGGCCCAGCUCAUCGUUGGUACACCAGGCAAGACAUUCGACAUGAUCAAGAGCAAAGGUAUCGAGACGGCGUCCAUCAAGGUGUUCGUGCUCGACGAGGCGGACAACAUGCUCGACCAGCAGUCAUUGGGUGAGCAGUCGAUCCGAGUCAAGAACACGAUGCCCAAGUCGUGUCAGCUGGUGCUGUUUUCGGCCACCUUCCCUCCCACAGUGUACGACUUUGCAGUGCGCAUCGCACCGGGCGCCAACGAGAUCCGGCUCAAGCAAGAGGAGCUGUCCGUAGAGGGCAUUAAGCAGUUCUACAUGGACUGCAAGGACGAAAACCACAAGUAUGAAGUGCUCGUCGAGCUCUACAACCUGCUCACCAUUGGUCAGAGUAUCAUCUUCUGCGCCAAACGCGAGACGGCCGACCGCAUUGCACAAAAGAUGACGCAAGAAGGCCACAAGGUCGAUUCGCUGCACGGCCGACUCGAAACGGCGGACCGUGAUCGCACUAUCGACGCGUUCCGUGACGGCAAGAGCAAGGUGCUCAUCUCGACCAACGUCAUCGCACGUGGUAUCGACAUCCAACAGGUGACGCUGGUGAUCAACUACGACAUGCCGCUGACGCAGACGGGCGAAGCGGAUGCCGAGACGUACCUGCACCGUAUCGGUCGAACGGGUCGAUUCGGGCGCAAGGGUGUGUCGAUCAACUUUGUGCACGACCAGCAGAGUUGGAGCUACAUGGACCAGAUCGAGAAGGCGCUCAAGUGUCAGAUCACGCGCGUGGCCACCAACGAUCUGGAGGAGAUGGAGUACACGAUCAAGGAGGCGCUCAAGCAGAUUGGCAAGUGA